CCCUUUAGGAUCUUCAGGUGGAGAUUUGUGACCUGGCCAACCUAUAGAAUAAAGAGUGCAGGUCACUUAUUUGAGGUUGUUUGGUGGAGACCAUUGUAAUGGGCCGCAAAUCCAACCGUCGUCAUCCACUUGCAGGUGUGAGCAAGAAGACGAGCAUGAGUCAGAAGUUAAAGGCUGUGGCUACAAAACCUUGGCAGUGUGACUUUUUUCGGACUGAAGAAAGAAUUAGCGCACUCCAUGAGAACUCCAGGUUUAGUGACCUCACCAUCACCUUCCCAGGUCACCAGGAUGUAAUGCAGGGUCACAAGUUGAUUUUGGCAAUGAGUUCUCCUGUGUUUGAGGCCAUGUUUUAUGGUCCUAUGGCACAAAAGGAAAACCUCAGCCUUCCUGACGACCCACCUGAGGCCUUCAGGUGGUUAUUGAAGUACAUGUACAGCAACUUGAAUCCUCUCCCUAGUGUGAAGGUGACAGUACAGGUGUACCACCUGGCCAUAAAAUACCAGAUGGAUGCACUAGCCAGUUUUUGCUCAAGGAUUUUGAAAGAGAAAUUGACAACAUGCCCAUGCACUCGGCCUCAGGUCCAGACUCUUGGAAUUCAAUAG